AUGGCGGCGCCCCGAGCACACGCGGCAGGCGGCGGUCACAGCGGCGGCACCGUCCGCAGGGAUCGCGGCCGCGCUCGCUCCGUCCCUCGCUGCCCGGGGCCUCCUCAGCUCGGUAAAAAAAUGAAGGCCAGAAAAGGAGGAAGAUUUAAAUCUUUCUUUAAACAGAAGCAAAAAGGCAUUGAAGUAAUAGGAAAAUGGAAAACUGUGGAAAUUGACCCCAAUCUGUUUGCUGAGGAGGAGUUUCGAGAUAUAGUAUGCUUGGAGGAACUUACAGAGUACAAGCUGGUAAGUUCUUCUGAAGUGGGGAAAGUAAAAGAGAAGAAGAGAAAGGCUGAGAGUGCAUCAGAAGAAGAAGGCAAUGAGGAGGUGGAAGAACCUGUCAUCCCUCCCAAAAAGAAAAAGAAAAACAAAGAUUUGAGAAGCCAAACAGAUAAAGGCAAUACUCCUAAUGCAGCAGAAGUUGAUGUGCUGGUUGAUAAAGAGGAAAAGUGUAGUGAGAUAAUCAAAGAAGCAAAUUUUGAAGACCAUGGACAUGUGACUGAGAACACAUCAAGCAGUAAAGACAUUCCAAAGAAAAAGAAAAAGAAGGCAGCUAAAAACAAGGCUUCUCAAGCGCAAGAAGUUCUUCCACCAAUGAGUUCUUCUAAAAAAGGCAAAAACUGGACAACAGAUGUUUUAUCUACCUCAGCUGAUCAAAAAGCUGAUGUGUCUGCAUGGAAAGACCUGUUUGUACCUGAACCAGUGUUGCAGGCCUUGAGCUAUCUGGGGUUUAGUGCUCCAACUCCUAUUCAAGCCUUAGCCUUGCCUUCUGCCAUCCGGGAUAAUAUGGAUGUUCUUGGUGCUGCAGAAACAGGAAGCGGCAAAACGCUUGCAUUUGCAAUUCCAAUGAUUCACUCUGUGCUGCAGUGGCAAAAAUCAAAUAGCUCAACAACCAGAAAUGACACUGUUUCUAAAGAGUCCCAUCAGCAUCAUGAUGAAACAAGAUGGGAAAAUGAGGAUGAAGCAGAAAAAGUAACUCAUCAGCAGGUUGAAGAUAGCGGAGAUGAAGAUGAUGCACGUUUCACAACAGGCUGUGUGAAAGUUCUGGAAAAUAUUGAAUUUGAUUCGGGUGACAAGACACAAACUGUUGGCUCCCAUAAAAGGAAACCCCUUUUAGGACUGGUCCUCACUCCUACAAGAGAAUUAGCUGUACAAGUAAAGCACCACAUUGAUGCAGUGGCGAAGUUUACAGGCAUUAAGACUGCAAUUCUGGUUGGAGGCAUGGCUGCACAGAAGCAAGAACGUGUACUGAAUCGAAAGCCAGAAAUUGUAAUUGCAACCCCAGGCCGUCUGUGGGAGUUAGUUAAAGAGAGACACCCACAUCUUUCAAAUCUUCGUCAGCUCAGGUGCCUUGUGAUUGAUGAAGCAGACCGAAUGGUUGAGAAAGGUCACUUCUUAGAGCUGUCUCAGUUGCUGGAAGUCUUAAAUGAUUCACAGUAUAACCCUCAUCGACAGACUUUUGUUUUUUCUGCCACGUUGACUUUAGUGCAUCAGACUCCUACAAGAGUUUUACAAAAAAAGAAUGCUAAAAAGAUGGACAAGAAGACCAAACUAGAAUUGUUAAUGGAAAAAAUAGGAAUAAAGAGCAAACCCAAAGUAAUAGACUUAACGAGGAAGGAGGCUACUGUUGAGACUCUGACAGAAACCAAAAUCCACUGUAAUACAAAUGAGAAGGACUAUUAUCUCUAUUACUUUCUUCUCCAGUAUCCAGGAAGAACCAUGGUCUUUGCAAACAGCAUAGACUGUGUAAAACGCCUCAGUUCUCUCCUCACAAUCUUAAAUUGUGAUCCGCUUCCUUUGCACGCCAACAUGCACCAAAAGCAAAGGCUGAAAAACCUGGAGAGAUUUGCUGAGCGAGAGAGCUGUGUCCUCCUGACAACAGAUGUUGCAGCUCGUGGUCUUGAUAUUCCCAAUGUGCAGCAUGUCAUCCACUACCAGGUCCCUCGUACGUCUGAGCUGUACGUGCACAGAAGCGGUCGAACAGCCCGAGCUGCCAACGAAGGCCUCAGCCUAUUGCUGAUUGGCCCUGAUGACUUGAUCAAUUUUCGGAAAAUUUAUAAAACAUUGGGGAAGACUGAGGAGCUGCCGUUUUUCCCAGUUGAUACCAAGUGCAUGACUUCUAUCAAGGAGCGGAUGAAUUUGGCAAGGCAGAUUGAGAAGGCAGAAUUUUUCAACAGUCGGGCAAAGCAACACAACUCCUGGCUCCAGCAAGCUGCAGAGGCUCUUGAGAUGGAUCUUGAUGAUGACAUGUUGAUGGGAAGAAAAGCUAAUGAGCAAGAAGAAAGCCAGAAGCAAAAGAUGUUGAAGGGGAUGAAAAAACAACUGAAACAUCUGUUGUCCCAGCCACUCUUUAAAGUCCUUAUGAAAACCAAGUACCCAACACAGUCUGGAAAACUACUCCUGCCUCAGACAUCAGUGGGCAUUUCAGCUCUGUGUACCGUGUCCAAAAAGCAAGCCAAGAAGAAGAAAUCAAUAAAAUUAGAUAACUGAGCAAGAUCACUCAGUAUGACAGAAGCAAGGACUAUCUUGAUCAAGGCUGUCAGUACUUAUGGAGGCUAGAAAACAAAUAGGAUAAGGAUGUUGCCUGUGUAUUGGUUGUGCAGGCAAAACCAAAAUAUUGAUUUAAAGGGCUCAGUUAACACCGGGUUACUUACUGUUGAAUCUUGUCAUGGAUCUUGUUUUUCUAUGUUCUUAUUUUUUCUUAACUCUCUAUAUUAAUAGAAGUUAAUUAUUUUUCACAUAGUUCUGAUAAUUACUCCAUUUUGUGAGAUGGGUAAAAGUUAGUGGGUAGAAUUCACUGUGGGCAUAGUCUAAUGAUAAAACUUGAUUUGAAUUUUAAUAUCUUUAAAGGACAGGGGAAGGUCAUCUGUAUAUAGUGCAAGUACAAUCUGAGCUGGUGGUGAUGGGAGGUUUGACUUUUCCUGCAGUCAGCUCAGUGAGAAAGGCAGCAAAUAGAGGUAGAGUUACCAGCAAGUCUACAAUUCUGGUUAUGGAAAUGUCUCCCAGUUUUCUUUCUCCUCUGAUAAUAUUUCUCUGUUCUGUUCUCCACUGGGUUUAAUUCUCUUAGUUCUGUGUUAAUAUACGUUGGAAUGUGCAAAAAAAGUGAAGGUGGCAACAGGCCAGGACAGACUUUGGGAGAUGUGUAGAUUUUUAAGGAAUAAGCGUUGCUACUCAGUGUUUUCUUAAUUAAUAUUUGGAGUUAAACCUGUAUUU